CGGCAAAAUGACUACACUUUAGAGACAGUUGUCAUUGAGCGAUUUUAAGUACGUUUAAGAAAAUAUACAUUUCAAUGUUAUUCUGUCAAAGGUCAUACAAACCGGAAAUUAUGAGCAGGAACAAUAUAUUAUCUACAAUUUGCCAGACAUAUGAAUAACAAUAGAUAUAGGGAAAACUCAAUUUGAGAGAGCAUUAAUUGUAUGAACAGAUAUGGAUCUGAAGAUAUUUUUUAUUGUCAGUAAGGGAAAACGUUUUUUUUUUUUCUUUUUUCCUUGGUUGAUUGAAAAUUUACAGGGAACAUCUGAGUGGGUCUGCUUUCUGUUUUUCCGUAGCUGAUCCAAAAUUUUCAGGAAACAUCUGAGUGGGUUUGCUGGACGCAACCUCUCCAAAUUUGAGUUGGCUCCUAAGCCAAUGUAAUUGCAUAUUUAGAAAAACAUUCAUAAUUUCAAGGCAUGCGGCAACAGUCGACUGUAAAGAAAACAUUUUAGUGGUAGUUCACAUUUAUCCUAUUUUAGUUGUGAACUACAUUAAACCUAAUACAUAGUGUUGCUUAUGGACAUAAACUUGUAAAUUUGUGUUAACAUAAACUAUACGUAGCAAAUGUUUCAAAUUUAAGACUUGUAUACCUUUAAGUAUUUGUAAAGACAAUUACACCAUUUACUUGAUGACAUUAGGAUGCGAACUUAAUUAAUCAUGUUUACCAAAUACAGAUUUAAUGCUAAGUGAUAUUGUUGUACCUGUGCAACUUAAACAAUUAUUUACGUUGUUGGAACGUAGUUCGCAUAUCAAGUGAUCAUAGAUACAGAUGCCUUCUUAAAGGAAAAUACUGCCUUCGCCAUGACGCUAAAUGCACCCUCUACAGGAAAAGACGUCGCUGACGUAAGUCCAGAUGAAAUAAUUGAGAAUCUAGGAGGUUGCGGUCGGUUUCAAGUGCGUAUGAGCGUCAUUGUCCAUCUCAUCAAGACGAUUGUCUGUUUCACGUUCAUGGGAAUGAUUAUUAUAUCUGCAACGCCUCCUUGGUGGUGUCAAGAUGGCGUAAAAGAAAACAUUUUGACAUGUCCAGGUUAUAAAAAUAAUACCAUUACGCAAUACUGCCAAUCAAAAUCUUGUUUAAAUGGAAAUAAAACGAAAUGCAGGGCUUUCGGAUAUGACAGAAGUUUAAAAACAAUUGUUAGUGAGUUUAAUCUGGUGUGCCACAAUGACUUCAUUCCAAGUAUCAUUAAUUCAAUUCAAAUCACUGGUGUACUUGUGGGGAACGUUGCAGCCGGACAAAUCGCCGAUUUAUUUGGAAGAAAGCCUCCGUUCUUUACAUCGAUAGUUUUACUACUGUCAUUUAAUAUUGUCGGUUAUUUCUCAACCAGCUGGAAAAUGUUUGCUGUCGCAAGGUUCUUUGUUGGCGCAGGUGGUGGAUUUUUUCUAACGACACAAUAUUGCCUUUUGUCUGAGUUUACGCUGGCAAAAUGGCGCGUAUGGAUAGUGGGAUUUCCAUCAUGGCCUAUCCAAUCAUGCUUAUUUUCACUCUUGGCAUGGUUAAUCCAUGACUGGAGGUAUAUCCAGCUGAUGACUGCACUAAUGGCCAUACCCUGUUUCCUGGCAUGGUGUGUAAUACCAGAAAGUUUUCGGUGGUAUAUAGCUCAUGACAAACCAGAAAAGGCGGAGGUUAUUGUCAGAUCCGUUGCAAAAUUUAACAGACAUACCAACUUUGAUAUAGACAAAGCCCUAAAGAAACCGGAAAACAGAGAAGACAAAAAGUACACAGUGUUAGACCUAUUUAGAACAAAGAAAAUGGUGAAAGUCACAUUUCUCUUAGCAUUGAACUGGAUUGCACUUGGUGUUGUUUCAUAUGGUAUUGCGUUUGGGAUUCAGUCACUGUCUGGAAACAUCUUCUUCAAUUUAUUUCUGUUCAGCCUGACUGGAAUACCUUGCAAGGCAAUCGCACUUUGGCUUCAAAACAGAUUUGGGCGACGAUGUACCUCAAUCAUGUGCUUUACAAGCGUUGCUUUUGGAGGAAUUGUGGUGGGCAUCGUACAAACACUAGAUGUACCUAAUAAAGAUGAAUUAACCAAUGUAUUUGCACUGAUUGCUAACAUGGGAAUAUCUACAGCGUGGGGAUCUGUUCAAACCAUGACAAUAGAAAUCUAUCCCACUGUAAUCAGAAAUAUUGGUUUUGGUACCCUGAGUGUAACGGGACGUAUAGGUGCUAUUGUCGGUCCGCAGCUAGUGUAUCUGAACACAUACAUUCCGGGACUUCUGUAUUUUGUGUGCGGAGCUAUAUCUAUCAUAUGUGUUUUCGUGCUGGUUUUCCUGCCUGAAACAAUGGACAAGAAUCUCAACGACAAGAUAAAGCAAGUUUUAGAUUUAGAAUCGACCGUUCGUGAUCAACCGUCAAAAGUUAAAAGCACAACAAACGAUAAACCUGAAGGCGAAGAAAGACAAACGAAGGAAUCGACAAGUGCAAGAGAAACGGACAAGCGUGUGCCCCUUUGUGUGGCAAAUUUGUCUAAACAGACGCAUGAUAUUCAUACUCCCGGCUCAUUAGAAAUCGAGACUACACAUAUAUAAAGUACAGAAUUCUAUAUAGUGUACGUUUAUACACAUAUAAAAUGCAGAGUAAUUUAAGAUUUCAGCCACAUUUAACUACAUUUGCCAUUUUUCUGUUAGAUGCUAAUCCUUUUUUUGGCAGCGCAUCACAGAUACUGUUAAACGGUGGUAAUAAUACUUUUACAAACUUGCAUUUCUAAUACUAAACAUAAUUAUAAAUGCGAGUCACAAUAUAACAAUUGUUUUUAUAUUCAUAUCAGUUCUUGCAAAGAACGUUUCAUUAAAUUCAUACUUCCGCUAAAAUCAUAAGCUAUAUC